UCCUGAAGCUCAUUUCUCUUUCAGGAGGAAGAGAUUUAAAGCUUUCUCUUGCUCUUGUCUCUUCUGUGUUUGUGUUGUCAAGUCUCAAGUGUUCUGAGAUGGCGACAUCUUCGGAUGGUUUGUUCGCUGACAUGAACUUCUUGGGAGUGAUCGGAUAUGUACUAGAGCAAACAAGAUUCAUCUUCCUCGUACCGAUUCUGAAUGUUUUGGUGAAUCUAUGUCAGGUCAUCUCUCUGUUGUUGUUUAUAGAUGCAUCUUACAUGGCUAUAGUUGUUGCCAUUGUCAAAUUACGUGGACGAACGCCUGAGAAAGUUCUCAGAUGGGAAUCUUUUAAGACCGAUGACGUCGAGCUAGCUCCUUCAAGCAAUCAUCCAAUGGUUCUCAUCCAAAUCCCAAUCUACAACGAAAAAGAGGUGUGCCAACUUUCGAUAGGAGCGGUUUGCAAGCUGUCAUGGCCAUUGGAUAGGAUGAUUGUUCAAGUGCUCGAUGACUCAACUGAUCCACACAGUAAGGAGCUGGUUAGAUUAGAGUGUAAGAAAUGGGCGAGCGAAGGUAUAAACAUAAAGUCAGAGGUUAGAGACAGUCGAAACGGGUACAAAGCAGGAGCCCUCACUGCAGGAAUGAGGCAUAGUUAUGUGGAAGGAUGCGAGUUUGUUGUUAUAUUCGAUGCAGAUUUUCAGCCUGAACCAGAUUUUCUUCAACGUACUGUUCCUUUUCUUGCACACAACUCUGAGAUAGCUCUUGUUCAAGCCGGCUGGAAAUACGUGAAUGCAGAUGAGUGUUGUAUGACAAGAAUACAAGAGAUGUCUCUUAACUACCAUUUUGCUGUGGAGCAAAAGUCUGGAUCCUCCAUACAUGGGUUCUUUGGAUUCAAUGGUACUGCUGGGGUUUGGAGAAUCUCAGCUUUGAAUGAGGCUGGUGGAUGGCAGGACCGCACGAUCGUUGAGGAUAUGGAUUUAGCAGUAAGGGCUUACUUAAACGGCUGGAAGUUUGUGUUUGUCGACAACAUUAAGGUGAGCAACGAGCUGCCAAGCUCAUUUAGAGCAUAUCGGUAUCAACAGCAUCGUUGGUCUUGUGGUCCAGCGAACCUCUUCAAGAAAAUGGCCAUGGAGAUUAUCCAAAAGGAGAAUGUGUCUUUAUGGAAGAAGGCUUAUUUGAUAUACAACUUCUUCUUUGUAAGGAAGAUUGUUGUACACAUCUUCACAUUCGUCUUCUACUGUCUGAUCUUGCCUGCUACCGUUAUAUUUCCUGAAAUAGAAGUCCCUAAGUGGACAACCAUCUACAUUCCAGCAACCAUCACUAUCCUCAACGCUAUUGCAACACCAAAAUCAUUCUACCUCAUACUGUAUUGGAUCUUGUUUGAGAAUGUAAUGGCGAUGCAUAGAAGUAAAGGAACUCUCAUUGGAUUGCUAGAGACUAGUAGAGUUAAAGAAUGGGUUGUGACACAGAAGCUAGGAGAGUAUAACACUCUCAGAGAAAACCUACUUACUCACUACAGCUUCCCCGAAAGACUCAGAUGGCGAGAGAUAAUGGUUGGGAUGUAUCUAUUCAUAUGUGGAUACUAUGACUUUGUGUUUGGGAAGACAUACCUUUAUGUAUACCUUUUCUUGCAGUCCACUGCUUUCUUUAUUGUUGGAGUGGGAUAUAUUGGUAUGUCGGUUCCGAGUUGAUCAUCACUGACACGUUCUAACUUCUUCUCUUCUACUACACAUUCAUUCUUACAAAAGGGUCGAUUGUAUAGAGAUUUAAA